GUCAAUAGAUAGGGCCUUCUGCUGGUCUGAAACUACCGGCUCAACUGAAACCAGAAUAUUCUGCUUUCAGAAGGAAAGGGCCCCUCACCCCCUACACACACACUCAUCGGGACCUCCUAUCUUCCGUGUGAGUUGCAUUGGAGAGGCUCUCCAGGGGCCAAGCGGGACUGCCAAGGGACUGGAGAGAGAAUUGUUGUGGCUCUUGGGCACAGUGGACUUUUCAUGGUUGGGGUACACUGAAGGGUGUCUAACAGAAAAUAACUCAGGAUGGGAGCGUUCCGGUCAGCCCCUGUGUCUGUAUGGGACCGAGCGCACAUGGCGGCAUGUGGCUGGGAUUAGGAAAUUUCAUUGUGGAUUAAAAUCUUUUCAAGGCCUUGAUGGCUGCUGCUGGGUGAAAAGGAGGCUGAAGGACCAGAACACUUUCAGUCUGCAGUCCGGGCCCAUGGUUGCACUGAGCAGCCACAGCAUGUUCCAGAUGAUUCAGAGUCCCAAGCAUGCCCAGCCCGGCGCGAACAAGAGCCACCACACCCGGUUGGUCACAAAAGACGGCCACUGCAACAUCGAGUUCGGAAACAUCGAGUACGGCAACCACUUUUCCUUCGUCCUCGACUUCUGGACCACCUUUGUGGAGAUCCGCUGGCGCUUUGUCCUCCUCUUCUUCGUGGCCUCCUUCACCGGCAGCUGGUUCGUCUUCAGUCUGCUGUGGUACUGGGUCGCCAAGAGCAACGGUGACCUGUAUGGCCAGAACCGCACAGAGGAGCAUGUGCGCUGCAUAGACAACGUGAACGGUCUGACCACGGCCUUCCUGUACUCCCUGGAGACCCAGACCACCAUCGGCUACGGGGGCAGAGCGCUGACCGGCCACUGCGCGGGCACCGUGGCCCUCAUCAUCGUGCAGUCGCUCGUCGGGGUCUUCAUCAACUGCUUCAUGUGCGGGGUGAUCCUGGCCAAGAUCUCCUUACCCAAGAAGCGGGCAAAGACCAUCACCUUCAGCAGCACGGCCGUCAUUUGUCUGAAGAAGGGCAGCCUUUGCCUUCUGAUCCGGGUGGCCAACUUGCGAAAGACCUUACUCAUCGGCAGCCAGAUCUACGGCAAGCUGCUGAGGACGACGGUCAUGGCCGACGGCGAGACAAUCAUUUUGGACCAGGUGGAUAUCGACUUCACGGUGGACGCAGGCAAGGACAACUUGUUUUUUGUGUGCCCCUUGACCCUCUACCACGUGAUCAACAGGCACAGUCCAUUUUAUGAGCUGUCAGUGGACAAUCUGCCCCAGCAGGACUUUGAGCUGGUCGUGUUCCUGGACGGGACGGCAGAGUCCACCAGCUCCUCCUGUCAGGUGCGGACCUCCUAUGUCCCACAGGAGAUCCAGUGGGGCUACAGCUUCCUGCCCAUCAUCUCGCGCACCAAGAUGGGGAAGUACCGGGUGGACUUCUCCAACUUUUCCAGAAGCGUGUGCGUAACCACGCCUCACUGCGCACACUGUUUCGAGACGGACGUGGACCAGCGUAACCAUAACAGCCAGAACAAUCCUGACCACAAUCAGAGUGGGAAGCAGGGAAUUGACAACCGUGGGUUCCAGGUGAUUGACAUUCAGGGUACGAUGGACAUCACUAAGAUGUGAGGCUGGUGGAGGUACCUCGAGGAAAGAUGUGAGGUCAUCCCUGUGUUUGCACAAGUUGUAAACUGUAACAGCAAGGUGUUGUGUGGAGAUGUUUCAAGGAAGGAGCCGAGUUCUAAUGAAUGUUACACCACAGUGCCCUUGUUGCAGUGCAAUUACACAUGUAAUAAGCAAUGUAAGACCCUGUAUAUCAUGUUGUGGAACAGACUGUAACUACCCAGUGUGGGUCUGGUUAGUGUUAGCCUUUGCUAUUUUGGCCUGAGCAGGACCUUUGCCAAGGUCUUCCCUUUGAGUAAGAGAUGGAAAUCAGGUAAAGAUAGAGUGCCUCCUAAUACAGCUGUUACGCCACCGGUUACAUGCUGUUCCAUAAAGUUAUUAAAUUGUAGGCCUACAUGCUGCUACAUUGCUUACAGUACUUUAAGGUGCUGUAUGUAAGAUUUGAGAAUUGUAAAGAGAGGGGGAGCAGAAUAGACCGCACGAGGAGUGCACAUUUUUUAAACUAAACCAUUGAGAAGGGUUCAAUUUCACGCACCUUUGAUUUGACCUGCAAGAUGGAUUCCCCAACCAAUUGCGGAAAAAGAUUCCCUGAUUGGUCAUAAUUGAGCCUUGAGUGGUCUGAAAUCUAAAUUGGCUCUUUUCACACCGCAUUUCCCUAACUAAGAACUGACAGAUGGCUAUGCCAUUUCUAACUUAUCUUGCCUACAGCACCUUUAAAACACUAUGAACAGUAAGUAACCUCAAUAAUCACUUGAGAAUUAAAAAAACAUCAAGCUGCAUCAAGUUGUUUAUAGGAACUGCUCAUUACAGUAAAAGUAUUUUGUGAAUUUGAGGAGGGAAAAGGGUUGAGACCGGCAGAAAAGGAGUAAAGAAAGCAUUAGAAAGCAUCGGCUCUUUGAGAAGAUUAGGAGCUAGGCCCAAUAUAAUGAAAUUCAGAGAAUUUUGCAGGUUGAGCAGGAGAAGCGGAACAGUGCCUUUAGGUGUUUUAAAAUUGUUCUCAAAGGUUGUUUGGUUUGCAAAACCUACAAAAUGUAGGCUAUGAAGACCUAUGUUGACAGUUAAUUUAAGCUCUGAUAAUUAGGAAAUUGUGAACAUAGCUGCUAACUUUAAUGUCUGUUGUUGUUGUUGUUAAUGU